GUGUUGAAAAAUCCCCAAACAGAGCCUAAUCCAAGUAGCAAAACCCUCUUCCUGAAACUGCCGUUAGAGGGUUUAAGGUAAAACCAGGUGCAGCCAUGGAAGAUAACAAAGAGGAAUCACUCUGCGAGGCAUCUCGAAACGGCGAUGUUGCUAAAGUACAAUCCCUAAUCACAUCCGGAGCCGACGUCACCUACUUCGAUAGCGACGGACAAACGCCGCUGAUGCACGCCGCCAAAAACGGCCACUCGGAGGUGGUGAGAGCACUCCUCGACAGUGGUGCGCCGUGGAACGCCGUAUCUCCUUCCAAUCUCUCCGCCGGAGACUUUGCCAUGGACAAUGGCCAUCAAUCCGCCUUCGACAUCCUUCUUAAUGCUGGCAUACAGGCUGAAUUGGUUCUUGGAACAAUAGCAAGGAAAGAUAAUGCACAUGGUAAUCCUAACGAGGACUAUUUGGAAGACAGGGUUACAUUCAGUGAGGAUAAGGUGAUGGACAAAGAAAGCAAAGCUGUUAUGAUGGCUUGGGAGGGUCCACUAAUGGAAGCUCAUGCAAAAGCUAUUUGCUCAGGAGGUGGGCACGUGCUAAACAUUGGGUUUGGCAUGGGUCUUGUGGACACUGCCAUACAGAAAUACAAGCCAACUUCGCACACUAUAGUCGAAGCUCACCCUGAGGUAUAUGCUCGUAUGCUUCAGAAUGGAUGGGGUGAAAAGGAGAAUGUGAAGAUAAUAUUUGGUCGCUGGCAGGAUGUUCUUCCUCAACUGGAAUCAUAUGAUGGGAUAUUCUUUGACACAUAUGGGGAAUAUUACGAAGAUAUGAGAGACUUUCAUCAACAUCUCCCGAAAUUGCUGAAGCCUGGAGGAAUAUAUUCUUUCUUCAACGGUCUUUGCGGUAGUAAUCCCUUCUUCCAUGUUGUUUAUUGUCAGUUAGUUUCUCUGGAACUUGAGACUUUGGGUUACUCCACACAGUUGAUACCUUUACCUGUGAAGGAUUGUUUAGGAAAAGAAACCUGGGAGGGUGUGAAACAUAAGUACUGGCAGUUGGAUACUUAUUACCUCCCUGUUUGUCAGCCUAUAGACGAUACUGAAUGAUGAUUAGGUUACAUUCUGUCAUGCCUUUUGGAUUAUGAAUGGAUUGAAAUGUCUUGUAGACCUUAACUCUACUCGAAAUAGCCCGAGCUGGCAAUAACAAAUAUCUUUUCUUUCUUCUU